AAAAUAAGGGGGGGGUAAAUUUGUUUGGAGUGGGAACCACUGCGCAAAGGAGAUAUUCUGGUAAACAUUUACAGUUUAGUAUUGUCAAUAAAGAGUUGCAGGUAGAAUCGUAUUUUAUAUAUACGUUCAUCAAUACAUAAAUUUCUAACGAUUAUCUUGUCUGAUAAUUUACUUAAUUCGAGUCAGAAGGUUUGGUUUUCCAUUCGUUAAUAAAAAUGGUGUCUGGAGGGAUGUCUUGUAUAAAAUAUUUGUUAUUCGCUUUUAAUUUGCUUUUUGCCAUAUCUGGUAUUGCUAUAUUAACUAUAGGAACAAUAGUACACAUUCUAUAUACCCAAUAUUCACAUUUUUUAUAUACUGGAUAUCAUUUUGUACCUUUGGUGCUUAUUGUUGUUGGUGUAGUCAUUUUUAUAAUCGCGUUUUUUGGUUGUUGCGGAGCCGUCAAGGAAAAUCAUUGUAUGAUAGUAACAUUUUCUGUUUUUUUGCUGAUUAUCUUGGUGUUGGAAAUUGUUAUUGGAGUUUGGGGGUACAUUAAGAAAGAUGAAGUUGGAACUAUGUUGGAAAAUCAGUUAAAUGAUACAAUGCCGGAAUAUUACACUAACCCCGAUAUAAAAGAUUCUUGGAACAUUGUUCAACACGAGGCCGAAUGUUGUGGGGUAAAAGGACCGAAAGAUUGGCCUAAAAUAACUCACAACGAAACAUUACCUUAUACAUGCUGUCCUAAUACACCCGAUGACGGUUCGUGUAAAAUUGAUUCCGAAAAUGUUUAUAACGAUUCGUGCGUCGAUAAAUUGAAACAGAUAUUUAUUAAAUAUGGUUCGAUUAUUGGGGGUGUAGGUCUAGGUGUCGCGGGACUGCAGCUUAUCGGGAUAGUUUUCGCUUGCUGCUUGGCCUGUUCAAUCCGCAAAGAAUACGAAACAGUAUAAACUUUCAACAUAUUUUCGUGCACCGAUAUAACAUAAGUAUUUUUAAUUAUAUAGUAAUUUAUCCACUGUUUUCAUUUUAAUAAUUGUAAUUCGAUUAGAAUCUACUUUCCAAAGUUGACAUCAAUUUUAUUGGUAUUUUGAAUUUUACCGCUAAAACGCGAGAAACUGCCAUGGCUUUUCAAUUUAGGUUAUGUCAACAAACCUUAUAAUUUAGUCAAAUUUUUGCAAAUUCUUUUGAUUUUGUAUUUGGAAGGCAAAAAGUGUCUGAACAAAUUAACUCACAAACAUUGACACAAGUCUGAUAUAUUUUUUUUAAUUUCAUAGACAAAGUACAAUUUUUAGUAGAGGUUAGACGUUACAAAAAGUAGUUUUUUGCUUAUGAAAAGUUGUAUAAAGUGGACAAUUUAGAUCUUGAAAAUGAUUCUGCGAGUCUACUGUGAAUUUUUGAAAAAAAAUUAAUGAAACUGCUCAAAAAUUAGGAAGUUUUCACACAAAACUUCAAAAUACGAUAAUAUUUGGAACUUUUCCAUUCGGAGGCUGUCACAUAAUCGUCCUACACUACUUUUUGUGCGUUAUUCGCAGACUGAUUUAUCAUUUUUGUUCAUAAAAGGAUUUUUUUAUUUGUGUUACAUCUAGAUGUUAAGAUUUUGGUUUUUUUACUUCGAUAAAAAUUAAAAUUCUAAGGCAGAGUACAAAACAUUUCCAAAAUAUGUCUGAAAUAAUAUCAUAAAGAUGAAAAUACAUAAAUGCAAAACCCUGUAUACGUUAAUUUUGAUAUAAAAUAGUUCACUACCACAUAAACGGGAAUAUAGUGUGAUGUAAUGAAUUUUGAAAUUUAUUCUAAUUAUCCAUCUAGUUUGGUAGAGAACUUGUUAUUUGGACCAUUAUUUUUGACUCACCUGUAUAAGAGUCUCAAGAAAAUUUUGGUCAAAAUUCAUACUAACUUCAGUAUACAUUCUUCUCAUUAUUACGAUAAAUAUUGAUAUAACUCUUACAUAUUUAUUCAAAAUUAUAUUUUUUUCAAUAAGUUUAUUAUACUAUAUGGAAUAAUUGACAGUGUCUAUUUUAUUUACCUCUAGACUCUUUCUUAAGGAAUUCACAGCCAUUUCACUGCCUCCACCAAUUAUUUGUUUACGUUGGCAAAUCUGUAGAUUCUUGAUUGGUCAGAUUUAUUUUGACAUUUAGAUAAUGGCGUAAUUUGUAAACACACAUUUUAAUAAAUCUUGUCGUAAUUUCUUGUUAUUAUUCUUAUAGGAUUGAUUUAAGUGAACUAUUCCAAAUUCUAACAGACUUUAUAACCAAAGAAUUUAUUUUUCAAAUAAAUAAUUACUUAUUGGCCAUUUUUCAUUCUUUAUUUGUUCUAAUAAUUAGUGUUAUAAGGGAAGUUCUAAAAGUGGUUUGUGUUGAAUUUUCUAAUUUGGUGUUAUUCAAACGUAUUUUGAUUUAAAUAGUACUCGAAGAGCCAAAGCUAUUUUACAAUUUAACGUGAGUCUUAUAAGGUAAUUUUUAUAUGAGGAAAUCAUUAUUUUUUAAAAUUGUAUACCCAGUAUUUAUACUCGAAUGAAAAUUAACGAUUUUUCAGUAUUUUUAAAUAAAUGUUAAUUAUUUAUCAAUUAGGUAAUAAUGUUAUUCAGAAAAAUAAACUGUUAAAUAUUUGUAAUUAAUAAUUAUUACGGGUAAAAUUCCUGCAUUAUUAAAAAUUAACAUUUAGCAGAAUUUCAAUUAUUAUAAAUAAAUUUUUUUCUGGGUAACAUCAAUACGAGUAACUUCAAUACAUUUACUUAUAAAAGAGUCGCAAUCUCCAUAUGUCAUUGAAUGACAUUUAUACCGGUUUGACAUGAGGUUAUAUGUCACAAAUUCUGGUAAAUGUAUUUUAGAUACCACUUUGUGUAAGUGCUGUAGAUGUUUAAUAUUUUUGGAAAAUUUCCCCAACGUGGUUUUGUACAGGUAUGUUUAUAAUUACAUAUCCUGUCGUAUUUUGGCUACAUAAUGUAUAUUGAUGUUAUUAUAAACAAUAAAUAUUACUACAGUAAAAAUAA